AUGUCUCAUCAGUUCGUUCAUCAUGUAUUUUUAAGUUUCAGAAGCAAGACCUUUGGAGAUCAUCUUCAUACAGCUUUGUUAAAUGCUGGUAUCCCUUCAUUCAGACCUGAUGAUAAAGAGCUUGAUAAAAAUCUGCAGAAUUCAAUUCAAGAAUCAAGAAUUCUAAUAGCUAUCAUUUCAAAAGACUAUGCUUCUUCAUACAGAUGCCUUGAUGAACUCACCCAUAUGAUUCAAACCAAGAAAGCUUUUGGAAAUUUUCUUCUCCCUGUAUUUUAUGAUGUAGAUCCAUCAGAUGUGAGGAAGCAGAAAGGGAGCUUUGAAGAACCUUUCUUUAACUUUAAAAAGAGAUAUAAAACAGAGAAGGUGGAUCAAUGGAGGGCUGCUUUAAGAGAAGUUGCUGAUUUGGGAGGAAUGGUCUUACAGAAUCAAGCUGAUGGAUCUGAGUCGAGGUUUAUACAAGAAAUUGUCAAGGUGGUUGUAGGAAAACUGAGACGUACUGUAUUAAGUGUUGAUCCCCAUCCGAUUGGAAUAGAUUCUCGAGUCAAAGAAAUUGAUUUGUGGUUACAAGAGGGAUCCAAUAAUGUAGAUAUUCUUGCAAUACAUGGUAUGGGAGGUAUUGGCAAGACUACAAUAGCCAAAAUAGCUUAUAACCUGAAUUUUGAUAGAUUUGAAGGCAGUAGCUUCCUUGCAGAUGUUAGAAAAGUUUUAGAAAAGUAUGAUGGUUUAGCUCGUUUACAAAGACAACUUCUUUCGAAUAUUCUUGGGAAGAAUGUUGAAAAGAUAUAUAAUGUUAAUGAAGGGUCUGUCAAGAUUCAAGAAGCCAUCAGCUGCAAAAGAGUUCUUCUUGUUCUUGAUGACAUAGACAACAUAGAUCAGCUAAAUGCGGUACUCGGUAUGAGGGAUUGGUUUUAUCCAGGUAGCAAAAUUAUAGUAACAACGAGAAAUGGUCACUUAUUAAGUUCUACUGAAGCAUGUAGAUGUAGGAUGUAUAAGCUAAAGACUUUGGAUGCCAAAGAAUCACUUCAACUGUUCAGUUGGCAUGCAUUUCGGGAUGAAACCCCCCCGUUAGAAUAUAUGGAUCUUACGAUAGAUGUUGUACAUCAUUGUAAAGGAAUUCCGUUAGCUCUUAAAGUGUUGGGUUCGUCUCUUGGUGACUUAAGUAUAGAGAUUUGGGAAAGUGCAUUAAGGAAAUUGAAAGCUAUUCCAGACAGUAAAAUCCUUGAAAAACUAAGGAUAAGUUACGAAUGUCUACCAGAUGAUAAUGUUCAAAACCUAUUUCUUGAUAUUGUCUGUUUCUUUGCUGGAAAAGACAAAGAUUAUGCAGUAACAAUACUUGAUGGAUGUGGUUUCUUUUCAGUCGUUGGCAUUCAAAUUCUUGUUGACAGAUGCCUAUUGGCAAUUGAACAUAACAAACUGAUGGUGCAUCAAUUACUUCAAGACAUGGGAAGAGAAAUUAUUCGGGAAGAAUCCCCUUGGGAGCCCAGUAGUCAAAGCAGGAUUUGGAAACACAAAGAUGCCUUUAACAUAUUUCAAGGGAAGACAGGUACUGAAAGGAUCCAAGGUCUAGUUCUUGACAUCCGGAUGCUGAAGGAGGUAGAAUAUGUCGGGCAAAAAUUGAACGGAAAUGAUGUUGAGCACUGGCAAUUUGAAUGUCCUGCAGAUGUGAGAUCACUGAGAAUGACUGAUGCAAACUCACAAGGGAGACAGAGUUUAACUGUUCUCGAGCUGUUCAGAAAUGUCUUUUCAGAAACUUCAAAUGGUAUACUGUUUGAAAUUGAUGCAUUUUCAAGAAUGAAGAAGCUGAGAAUUCUACAGCUUACAGAAGCAAAAUUCACUGGUAGCUACCAAUGGUUUCCUAAGAGUUUAAAAUUGCUUCAUUGGCGUGGAUUCUUUUUGAAGUCCAUUCCAAAGGAUUUUCCUUUGGAGAGCCUGGUUGCUCUCGAUAUGAGGAGAGCAGAUUGCAACAAACCUGGGAGGGAACUAGGGAAAAAGCUCAAGUUAUUAAAAAUUCUCAAUCUUAGUCAUUCCCAUUUCCUAAGAAGAACUCCUGAUUUUUCCGGGCUUCCUAAUCUGGAAAAACUCAUUUUGAAGGAUUGCGUAAGAUUGUUCCAUAUUCAUGAAUCAAUUGGAGAUCUACAGGAACUUGUUCUCUUGAACCUGAGAGACUGCAAGAGUCUAUCGAAUCUUCCAAGAAGCUUUUGUCAGCUCAACUCCUUGGAAACACUUAUCAUUUCUGGCUGUUCUGGACUUGCUCUAUCAACAAUUGAUCUAGGAAAUCUGGAAUCUUUGAAAACCCUUCAUGCAGAUGAAAUUAAUUACGAUCACGAGAAAUCAUGGGUUGCACUCUGGCAAUCUUGGUCAUCCAAAUUAAGAAAAUCCCCUGAUUAUGACAACUUUUCACUAUAUUCUUUAUCAAGUUCACUGGUUAGCUUAAGUCUGGCAAGAUGCAAGCUAACAGAUGAUGCUCUAUCACUUGGUGUUAACAACCUCUUCUCAUUACGCCAUUUGAAUCUAAGUGGAAACCUGAUUUCUAACCUACCACAGAGCAUCACAAAUCUAAGUAUGCUUCAGGACCUUUGGCUAGAUGCGUGCCCGAACCUCCAAUCACUCCACAAUCUUCCUUCAAGGCACAUCAAGCUGAAGGCUACAGAAUGCACAUCACUAGAAAGAGUUACAAAUAUGCCAAGCCUAUUGGAGACUCAUACAUUAUUCUUGGAUGUUAGAGGCAGUGAGAAACUAACUGAGAUUCCUGGAUUGUUCAAGCUGGAGCCAAUAAAAAUUUUUGAAGAGGAAAUGGUGAACACUCUGAACCAUCUAAACCUGGAUGAUAUACAACAUGCAGAAGUGGAACUAUUUAACAGGCUUACCAACACAAAAAAGAAAUAUUCAGUGCAGGGACUCUAUGAGUUUGGCAUCUUCAGCACUACUUUCCUGGAAGUGAGAUCCCAAGUUGGUUCAGCAUGAAGGGUGAAGAAAGCUUACUGACUCUGAAAGUGGAUUCUCUUACUAAUACAAAGAUAAUAGGACUUAAUAUCUGCAUUUUAUAUUCACGUUCCAAUCAUCAAAAAUCUCGAUGCUGGGAAGAAAACCAACUUGGGAACUGGUAUUCUUUUUUCAUCAAACUGAAUAAUUUGUCCAAGGGUGUCAAAUGGAUUUAUGCCCCAACAUUCAUAGGCAUUCCAGGACCAAAUGAGAACUUGACAUUUUUAUGCCAGUGGAAAUUGGGAACGUACCU